AAAUUUGAACCUUGACAUAAUCCGACUGGUCUGUACAAAAGGGAGAUAACUAAUUCGAGACGGCCUGUGACCGGAAAACGCACGCUGCACUCGUUAUAAAUUUAGCUGGGCUCAGCUCAUUUUAAUUGCAGAGGCGUACAAAAAGUGAAAGUGAAGAUGAGGGUUACGCUGAUCCUUUUCGUAAUGCUUCUUCUGUCCGUCAUUUAUGCCAACUCGAAGCGCGUCAAAUCGGAUAAACGGUGUAGUGGAGAAGAGAAGGACGAGGGUCGUAAGAAGCUUAAGGGUACCGCCGAUUCGGGGGAGGAUGAUUUUAGGUGGAAUCGGAAUUUCAAGAAGCACAAACAAAACACCUACGAUAAAUUUGAGAAGAAGAAACAGCCGGACGUCUACAAACUCAAGGAGAAGAUCAGGGAGUACGCCAAGACUAGUGGGGAGGUGAAGAAAAAUAAGGAAAAACGGUCCAGGACCGUAACGGAAAACGUUGUCGAUGCCCCAAAACCGGCGACAACAGAUUUGCAAUGCGAUUCUGAGGAGAACACGUGCAGCGCUAGUGUCUAAAUUAUUGUUUUUGUUGUACUCAUGUCUUGUACAAUUUGUAAGGAAAUAAAGAAAAGUGUUUCUUUGUAUCGAUGAGACAUAAAUUAG